UAUGCAAUAGGAGCUUACUUCCAAAACAAGCUUGUUACAAUCUUUACUCCUCCUCUUCCUAUCUGCUUUAUAUUCCCAUGCCUGCACCAGUAGCAACAAGGCAGCAGCCAUGGCCCCUUCCCAGACCCUGGUGUGUGCUGCAGUGCUUGCCCUGGCAGUCCUGCAGGCCCUGGCCUCGGACACCUUCAUUGCAGCCGUGUAUGAGCACGCUGUCAUCCUGCCAUGCACCAUUCACAAGGUUUCUCCCGACGAUGCUUUGGCCCUGAUGAACAGGAACAUGGAUGUUCUGGAAGGAGCUAUCAAGGAAGCAGCCCAGCAGGGUGCCCGCAUCAUUGUGACUCCUGAGGAUGGCAUUUAUGGCUGGGUUUUCACAAGGGAAACCAUUUACCCCUACCUGGAGGAUAUUCCUGAUCCAGAGGUGAACUGGAUUCCCUGCACUGAUCCCACAAGAUUUGGUCGAGCACCAGUGCAGGAACGACUCAGCUGCAUGGCCAGGAACAACUCCAUCUAUGUAGUUGCAAAUAUCGGGGACAAGAAGCCAUGUAAUUCCAGUGAUCCCAAGUGCCCGAGUGAUGGUCGCUAUCAGUACAACACUGAUGUUGUCUUUGACACAGAAGGUAAACUGGUGGCUCGUUACCACAAGUACAACCUGUUUAGACAAGAAACUCAGUUUAAUUACCCAAAAGAGCCAGAAUUCAUCACCUUUGAGACUCCCUUUGGGAAGUUUGGCAUUUUCACUUGCUUUGACAUCCUUUUCCGGGAGCCCGCCGUGGUGCUGGCGACGGAGCUACAGGUAGACACGGUGCUUUUCCCAACAGCCUGGAUGAACGUCUUGCCCUUUCUGACUGCUGUGGAGUUUCACUCUGCAUGGGCUAUGGGCAUGGGAGUCAAUUUACUGUCAGCAAAUACUCACAACACCAUCAUGUCUAUGACAGGCAGCGGGCUGUUCACGCCCCACGGGCCAGCCAUGUACUACUACAACAGCAAGACAAAGGAGGGACGUCUUCUGGUAGCUGAAUUGAGUGCACGACCCCGUCUUUCUCCUAACUACCCUGCUGCAGUCAACUGGAGCUCAUAUGCUACAAGUGUCAAAAAUUAUUCAGGAGAAAAUAAGACUUUUCCAGGAGCUGUCCGGCGGGAUAUAUUCACUUUCAGUGAACUCAAGCACAAAGCUGGAAAUCAUACGGUCUGUCAAAAAGACCUCUGCUGUCAUUUGACCUACCAGAUGUCAAAUAAAAGUAAAGAUGAAGUUUAUGUACUGGGCGCAUUUGAUGGGCUUCAUGGCUCUGUCAUAAAAUACCAUUGGCAGAUAUGCACACUGCUCAAGUGUAAGAGCACAGACCUGAGCACUUGUGGGCAACCGUCAGAGACAGCACAGACCAAGUUUGCCAUGUUCUCCCUCAGUGGCACGUUUGGCACUAACUACGUCUUUCCAGAAGUCUUGUACAGCGGUGUGCAGCUGGCCCCUGGGGAAUUUGAGGUACUGUCUGAUGGACGUCUGCAAAGUAAGAAUGGCACAUCAAAACCACUCUUAACAGUGACGCUUUUUGGGAGGUGUUAUGAAAAGGACCUGCCUCAUCCCCUGCGAAGCUUCCUGUAAUGUAACUCCCUAAAUGUUAAUCAGUCAGCACAGACAGAAUGAGAAUUUCCCACAGUGAUUCAUAAGCUUCUUAUGAUUUGUAGCAGUUAUCCUGUGUCAUUCAUAUCCUGCAAUCUUAUUCUUCUGCUUAGCAGCCGGAGCAGAUGAGUUUAUUUAGAAGAAAGCAGUGGUCGCUCUGUUGUGGAUCUAGAUCAACAGUACAUCACUGUACUAGCUCUUGAGCCAGUACAUUUGUUAUACUCUGUCAUAUGAAAUCUCUGAUUAGAAAUUAUUAUAGUUUUUAAAAAAUAUAACAUAGGUUGUCAGAAUAAUCCUAGUCAUAAGACUGAUGCUGAGAUGUGUGGAAUGUGAAGUUGGCCACUUUUCUGCCGAGCAAAUCUUCCCCAGAGAAGUUUCUCUGUCCCUUCUGCUGCUUCCUGUUUUUCAGACUGGAGGAGCACUAAGUGUCUGUGUCCCUCAGCCUUACAUGCUAUUCACCAAGGCCUUCCUAAUACUCAGUGGGACUUGGCCACAUUCUGACCAAGCUACUAUACAAUGAAACAAAAAAUAGAUUUGAAAUAGUUUUAGGUGCAAUCUCCAUGCAGUUUUUCAUGAUCCACACAAACAGUGGGUCUGCUCCGUAAAGAACCUUCAUUUCUACAGUCCUGCACUGCUUUCCAUGUGUGACAUACACAUGCUAGGUCCAAUGCAUUUCAGAUCAGACUUACCUUAUAAAUGUAGUACAUCAAAACAUUCCCCUGGAUAUUUGGAAAAUUUCUUCAAAACUGUGAAAAUGUAGGAAAUAGGCAAUGUUUUAAUAUCUGAGACAGUUUUAACCAUGCAAGUAGUUUAAGAAAUGUGCAUUAUCUGGGACUUCUAGUGAUGGCACAUGAAACUUAGUAGCCCUGGGCUGGCUUGUAUCUAUCACAUUUUGUAGCAAACAGGCCUUGUUUGACCACAUAUGCCUUAGGGUGAUACCUGCUUUAAUGUUAAUCCCACAGUCUUUUACAUGUACUGUUCUUCACAUCCCUGGCAUGUGGCAUGCACCAUGUUUAGCAUCCAUCUGCCCUAAAUAUGGCACAUAAACACUUCAUGGCUUCCCACCUCAAGCUCACCAACAGUCAUUAUCCAAAAUUUUUUUGUAAACCUAAGAGUUCUGUUUUCCUUGUGCUGUUGCUUCUCAGUACCCAGCUUUGGAGAAUUCUUUGAGGCUUUGUUUCAUCCUGAAAAGAAAACAGAUGAGCUUAUAACCAGAGGAGGGACCAUGCAACUUGGGAGCAAACAUGCAGGGCCUUAAGGUUGUGCUUCCCAGUGGCUUGUCCAGCACCUCACCCUUUUCUUGCCUGACCUGUGGUUGUAACCCAGAACAGUCAUCAAACAAAUCUUGGUCAAGAAGGAGUAUGACUUCCCAGUGGCAGUACUAAUCCUACAUGGCUAUUGGUUGUGCAACAGGUCCUGAAUUUCAAGACACAGAAGCCCAUGCUGAUGAGUGGGAGCUCAUCCCUGCUCCCCAAGCCAGUCUAGUACGCACUAGGGGCCUCUUACCUGGGUUUGUAUUGGGCAGCAGUUUUGGAAGGGCGAACAAGUACAAACGUGCUGGUUUUGAAGGUUUGUGGCAUCGUUCUGUUGACCACAUAGGCCUGUUGGUUUUCACUGGAGUCAACUGUCAGACCUAUAUAGUGAAAGGAAGAGCAGCUGAGAGCAGCAUAUGAGUGUAAUGUGAAUUUUGUUUUUUUUUGCCACAGUCAAAUCUCUUGAUUAAAGCUUUUUUUUUUUUUUUCAGUGGUUGGCAUCAAUAGGAUUACUUUUUAAUUCUUGUCCCAUUCUUCCCCCCCACACACACAAAAAAAGAAGAAUCGGGGGUCGUUUUAGAGAUUAUCAGUGUCAUUCUCAAAAGAGAAUUCACUUUACUGGUUGCUGGUUCUCUAAAUCCUGAGUAUUUCGUGCACUCCAAAUGGACACGGAAUUUAUAAAAAUCUUUCUAAAACUGGAGAGGAAUACAGACAGGAUGUUUUGAUUGAACAGAACUGUAGACAUUCAGCUUAUUAUUUAUUACCAGGCUUAUCUUUCUCACGGCAGGUUUGUCUAGACCCUGAGGAAAGUAAAGUGCCUGCUGUUACUUCAGCAGGCAUUAUUUGCUGGACAAAAAUAAUAGAAUGAACUUUAGGCCUACAUCCUUGCUAUUUUACUUUUUUUUUUUUUUUUUUAGGAUAUACUCCCUAGCCCUUGUUGGAGACCAUCCUAAGUUCUCCAUAUAGCAUUUAGUUCUGAUUUAUCUAAUUGCUGUUAUCUAACACCUGUCUCUCCUACUUUCAGUUUAUCUGCACUAAGAGCCAGAUAUCUUAAACUAAUGCACUUUUCACUGAGGUCUGGUAAGGACAAAUGGGGACAGUGAAUUUACUAUAUUACUACUAAAAUCAAUGUCAGUACAUCAGUUUACAUCUGCUGAUCAUGCACCUGCAGAGUCAGAGACUUCCUGCAUUUAAUUUUGAUUUCAGAUAGUUGAGCUCUCUUUUCUUUUCAGUUCAUACUUCAAGAUAACCCUCACAUCACCUGACUGGGUCUGGCCAGGGGUGGAGGUUCUGGUUUCUAACCAGGGCAGUUCUGGUUCAUAAAGCUCCAUAUAGUUCAAGAAGCAUUUGGGCACCUUUCUCAGACAUAAGGUUUGAAUUUGGGGUGGUUAUAUCCAGAGCCAGGGGUUGGGCUCAAUGAUCAUUGUGUGUUUCUUCCUACUCAGAAUAUUCUGUGAUUUCAAUUUGUGAAAGCUCUUUAUAAUUCAUUCAUUGAAACUUACUGUUUGAAAAAAUAAUUAUGUGUGUCCGAGCAGAAAUCAAACAUGUUUGACAGUGUGAUAUAAAAUGGAAUAGCAAGCUGUUGAAGUAUAGCCAUUAAUGGAUGAUGAUGUACUUCCUGGUAGCUAGCCUGAAAGAUAGAAAGCUUUGGCAGAUGUAGGUGAAAGUACAUGUGUGGUGCCUUUCAUAACAGAUGUCACUUAACUGUACCUAGAGAGUAUCGGAUGGCUUUAUUUAGAAGAGCUACAGUUAUAAAACAAAUAAAAAGCUUAAGUCUUAUCAUUCAUAUUGGUAAGCAACAGGCUUAAAAAUUCAUUUUGCUGAAAACUUCCUGAGCUUUUCUUUAAUGUUACACUAAACAUUUUAAAUUCUUUAUUCACAUUAACAUUAGCCUCUGCUUGAAGGGAUUCUUCCAAGUUCAGCAUUAGACUAAAUGAAAAGUAGACAUGCAAACUCUCUCAAUCGGGUUUCCUACAACAUUUACUGGUUAUGAUUACAGUUGGGUUUUACCAAGGCAUUUUUACAGUGCCAUUUGUUUUCUGCUGAGUAUUUUCUAAUACAUCACUGCUCUUCUUUCACUAAGGCUGCACACCAUAACUCUAUUUGAUUUUCUAAUGCUUAGCAUUAUAUGGUAUCUUGAUAUGUUAUGAACAUUUGCUAUAGUAGCACUUCCAUAAACAAGGGAGUAAAGUCUAUCCUCUCACGUAGAACAGGAGAUGAAGUGCAAAUAAAAUGAUGUGUACAGUAGACACUAAUUAAGAUGGCUAACUUAAGAUGCCAGAAUAUUUCAUAUUACAAAAAUACUUUAUAUAUUCCAAGCAUCAUUAUCACUGGCUGCAGCUGUAAUUGCUGGCUACUUAUAAAAAUCAGCUCCUGUCAUGCACUAAAAAAUGAGAAAGAUGUUUAGUGAAAGCUUCAGAAAAACUGGUAUGGAAUAACCUACCUAAAAACAUAUGGCAAUAGAGGAACCACAUGGAUAGAGAACAUUAGAAAGAACGGACAGGAGAAAAGGGACCUUCACAAAGCUCCAAUUUGGGCAUUGGUUCAUGUAGACACCCAGGACAGCAAGACUUACAAGGUUCAGAAAUAUGAAACAAUAAAGACUGCAGUUCAGAACAAAAUGGCCUACAGGGAAAAAAAAAAAAAAGAAAAGAAGAAAGGAAGAAAGAAAGGAAGAAAGGAAGAAUGGAAGAAAGAAAAUACUAAAGAAAGGAAGAAAAAGAAAAAAAGAUAUUGCUUUCUUUUCACCAGCCGUCACCUACAAAAUGUUACGCAAGUUGGUAGAGACAUGUCUAAGUAGCUAAAACUCCUUUUCCUAACAUCCUGUCUCACUGGUAUUGUGCAGUAGAUGUUUAGCAAGCAGGAACUUGCUAACAGAUAAUACGUACUGAAUCCACUGGGCCCUUAUCUCCCAUUUGAACAUUCAAAAAGCAUAUUUAAAUGAUAUAUAGCAGCUGCUGAGGAGGUAAAUAAAGCUCUUCUGGUGAAAAGUCACACUGCCUGGGCGUGUCUUCCUGAGAUGAGGCAGCAAAUGGUGUACGUGAAAGGGUGCAGGCUUUGGCUGGUAGUUUCUGUACAGGCUGAACUGCUGCACCUGCAGUGUCACUUCACUCAUGCACAGUGCAGCUACUUCCUGCAGCAGCAAGCAACUGUUGAAGCAGAAUAGAAUAAUUUUAGUUGGAAGCAACCUUUAAAGAUCAUCUGGUCCAACACCCCU